AUGGCGGCGCUCAGGGCGGCGGCGCUGCUGCUGUGGCUGUGGCCGGGCCGCGCGGCCGCCGCCGUGCCGCUCGUCAUCUGGCACGGGAUGGGUGACAGCUGCUGCAACCCGCAGAGCAUGGGCUACAUCAAGAAGAUCGUCGAGGCGAAAAUCCCGGGGGUUUACGUGCUCUCCCUCAAGAUCGGAAACAACGUGAUCCAGGAUAUGGAGAACAGCUUCUUUAUGAAUGUGAAUGAUCAAGUGAGAGAGGUGUGUAGCCAGCUUGCAAGGGACCCUCACCUGAAAGGAGGCUACAACGCAAUGGGCUUCUCCCAAGGAGGCCAGUUCUUGCGGGCGGUGGCUCAGAGGUGUCCGUCUCCACCCAUGCUCAAUCUCAUCUCCGUUGGCGGGCAGCAUCAAGGAGUAUACGGCUUUCCACGCUGUCCUGGGGAGAGCUCCCAUAUCUGCGACUGGAUCCGGAAGACGCUGGAUCUGGGUGCAUACACACCGGCCGUUCAGGAGCACUUGGUACAAGCGGAGUACUGGCACGACCCUUUGAAGGAGGAGGACUACAGGAAAAAUAGCAUCUUUUUGGCUGACAUAAAUCAGGAGAGGGGCAUCAAUGAGACAUACAAGAAAAACUUGAUGGCUCUAAAGAAGUUCGUGAUGGUUAAAUUCCUCAACGAUACCAUGGUCGACCCUCCAAUCUCUGAGUGGUUUGGGUUUUACAAAAGCGGCCAAGCCAAGGAGACCGUUCCACUGCAGGAGACGGCACUGUACACAGAGGAUCGCCUGGGGCUGCAGGAAAUGGACAAAGCAGGAAAGCUGGUGUUCCUGGGGGUCAAGGGGGACCAUCUGCACUUCUCGGAAGAGUGGUUUUACACCACUCUCCUCCCCUUCCUCCACUGAAGCCAAGAGGAAGCCUCAUGUGAGAGCCUAGGGGAGGCUCUGGCGCUCUAGUUAGUGCAGCUGCUGUGUUCAAUUGCACUUCUUUUGUACAAGCCUGGGGGAAGCAGCGGGAGAGGGGCAGGGGGGCUUUAGCUCAGCAGGUCCACAGCACGCGGAGGGGGCAGCCCUGUUACCCUGCAGCGGGAGACUGGGAUUCCUCUGGAUGUAGCUAAACCAACUGUGAGGCACUCCAAGCCCAGGCAGGCCUGGGGAAGGUUACCUGGGUCUGCUCGUCAGCUGCGGCUGCUCCAGCACUUGAUCAGGGCAAAAGGGGGCUGGGUGAGGGGGUUUAACACUCACAUUCACAGCCUAUGGUGCCUGUGCUUCCUGGGAAGCCCUGGCACCAUUAACCAAAAUCACUAGUUCAGGGAUGCUGCAUUGCUGGAGAUCAGCAAGCAGGCUUACAGGACUGAAGGCAGAGGAAAAAGAUUACAGUCUCUACUUCAAGGCAGGGAGAAAGGGCCCAAGUUAGUUGAUUGUAGGGAAAAAGGAAGGUUUUGCAUUAAGGGGGUAUUAACAUUGUUAACAGUUUUCAAUUAAAGGCUUGUUUUAUGCACUUUUG